AGAGAUAAAGCAUACUUUCUGACAAUAUUCUCUGCACGAGGUCCGGACACUGGAACACUGCUUCCCAAUGUUUCUCUGGGGCUUCGUGCUUUUAAUACCUUCUCCCGUUCAAUUCACUUUCUCUCCCUAAUCAGUAAUCACAUUUCACCCACUUUUAUCGUAGGAAAGGAAAAUCGCGUACCAUUUAUUGCCAACACCAACACACAGUAAUCACUCUCCCCUACUCACUCUACUCAGCAUUAGCAUUUGCUCUUUUGCUAAUUUCCAUUUUCCAAUUUCCAAUUUCCGUUUCACUGUCUUUCUGUUUUGGGUUCGCCGAGGACCAAGACCAGCAACACCCAUCCCUCUUUCCUUCAAACCCUACUUCUCAGUUCUCUUUUAGCUGUUUCUUUCUUGGUCGCAUUCUCUUCUUCUUUGUUUUGGCAAUGUCUUGGUUCUUGAAAGGGAUCUUCUCUGCCUACUAGUCCUGGUUCAUCGACAAGCUAGUGGGAUCUCGAAUGCCGGAUCUUUUGAGGGUUAUGGGUUCUCCCUUUUCUGCUUUCUUGGUUCGUGGAGGUUUCUGCUGAAGCCGUGGAUGAUUCUGAGGCUUCGUGACGCAAAUGCUGAAUCUUGGGCACGCCAAAAAUGCUGAUUUUUUUGACCUCCUGGUUCGUACUUUCUCUUUCGUGAGUAAAGCUGUAGACUUGCUGGAAAAAUUGCUGGAUCUUAGGAGAUGCCGCCACUGUUACUUUAGUUUGUGAGAGAGAGUUUCGGUUUAUUUAACGUCUGUGAUUUAUCCUGCAAGGUCUGAUUCAAGUUCAGGAGGAAAAAAGAAAAAGAGGAAAUGAGGCAUUCUUUCUGAUCUAAUCGAAUAUUAUUACCAGAGGACAUAAGGCUCGGUACUGGUAAGAACUGCAUUGAGCUAUUGCUUGAGGAUUCGAUCUGAUUCAACAUAAAAGGAAGAGUCAGGAUGGACUUUUUCAAAGUCAAGAAGUUCAGGAAAGCCCGCAAGCCUAUCUUGGAGCAGGAUACUGAGGGGAAGUCCAUCCCGCCACAAGAGGAACCAAACAAUGAAAAUGGCAUUGAUGAUUUUAGCAAGUCGGUCUCCACGGAUAAUGUUGCUGAUGUGGAGGAUGAAGACGACGACGACGACUUUAUAACGAAUGAAGUGAAGAGACGGUUGAAAGAACUUAGGCGGAACAGUUUUCUGGUUUUGAUUCCUGAGGAGGACUCAUGCCCUGAGGAUGACGAGGAAGAGGGUGAAGAGGGAGAGACUAGCUCUAGUGAGUGGAGAGAUGUCGAAGCUGAAGGUCGACAAUGGUGGGGUGGAUUUGAUGCUUUUUAUGAAAAGUACUGUGAGGGGAUGCUGUUCUUUGAUCGAUUGAGUACACAGCAGCUCAGCGAAGCCGUUCCGCAAGUUCCCUUGGCACCAUCACCCAGACCUGCAUCUAAGAAACUUACUUCUCCCCUUCGCUGUCUUUCUUUGAAGAAGAUUGAAGAGCCUGAUGAAGAAAUGGAGAACCUGCAACAGUCAGAAGGUAAUCCUUAUGAUGAUCUUGAGACAGCUUAUCUAGCUCAAACUUGCUUAACAUGGGAGGCACUUCAUUGCCAAUACACUCAACUGUGCCAAAAGAUCUCUGGCCAGCCUGAAAAUAUGACAUGUUACAGCCGCAGUGCUCAACAGUUUCAACAAUUUCAUGUUCUACUCCAAAGGUUUAUGGAAAACGAACCUUUCGAACAGGGUCUUCGACCAGAAAUUUAUGCACGUGCAAGAAAAAGCUUGCCUAAACUUCUUCAGGUUCCAAAUAUUCAAGGCUCAGAGCAGAAAGCGGUGGAAGAAGGUGGCUCAGAUAAAUUGGUUCUUGCACCGGAUCUCCUCAGAAUUAUGGAGAAUACCAUCCUCACUUUUCAUCUUUUCCUGAAAAUGGACAAGAGGAAGUCCACUGGAGUUCUACAUUUGUUUGCAAAUCAGAAUCAUUUUGCUAGCCCCCUACAGCAGGUCCAGUCAUCUCUUGAGAAGAAAGCUGUGAAAUUGAAGGAACUGCGCAAGAGGAGGAAAGGGUGGAAGAAGAAAUCAUGGCCUCAAAGAGAUGACGACGUUCAGCUGCUGUUUGCCCUCAUAGACGUGAAAUUAUGUUCCAUGGUUCUUAAGAUGGAGAGGAUCGUCAAAGGACAAUUGUUCUGGUGCGAAGAAAAGAUGAAGAAACUGGAUUUGUCUGAUGGGAAGUUGCAUAGAGAUCCCUCUCCUAUACUUUUUCCUUGUUGAAUGUCAUCGGAGAGAUUGUUUAGGUGGUUAGACUUGGUGUAGAGACAAAAAUACUUGAAAAGACUUGCUUCCAUUUCAAUGGGCAAUACAGCAGCCGUCUGAACAGUCAUUGGUGGAUCAUAGAUUUAUUGUUGUAGAGCAUGGUCGGUCAAUGCUACUGCCCUGGUGGCUAUUAAUUGAAAUUUUGAAGUUCUGGGUA